AUUUAACCCCUUUUGGUUAGAAAGAAUUCUAUUAGGGUUUAAUUUGUGUAUUCUUAUCCUUUUCUGGGUGAGUUUGAGUCGCUGUCUGUGAUAAAAGACAAUGAACUGCUUAAUACAAUUUCGUCUGCUGGUACUGGCUUGAGAAUGCAGCAAAUUGCAAGAUCCACAUUUUAUAAAUUGGGAUUCUAUAUUAUUGCUUCUUCCUGAACUGUAAUACCGUUAAAGAAUGGAGCAAAGGAUAUGUGAGAAAGACAGGCAAUUGGAUUUUAAUUGUAAAACAAUCCUUCCUGGAGUUGAGAAAUCAACUGCUGCGCCUCCUGCUCAUGUGCAAAAACCAGGAAUUGUGGCAAACCAGAAUUUGGAACUUAAGAUUGCAUGUCAGACACCAGAGAAGACCAAUGAGCCUUUACACACCAAAUUCAAGGAUGGGGAUGUAAAUCUUCCAGACAAAUUUAAGAUUAUAUCAGAGUUCUUUGAUGGUAUGAACUGUUCAUUUAGGUUGCUUAGUCUAUGUAAAAGGUUACCUACCUUCCAAAACAUCUCUACUCAGGUGGAAGUUCUGACAAAAAGAAAAUUUACGUACAGCCAUCUUGCUCAGAUAAAAUAUAUUCUUCCUGAAGCCAUUCAGAUAGAAAAGAUUCUUGUGCAUGACAAGAAAACUUUAUGCAUGAAGCCAGACAUGAAGAUUGGUUUGCUAUUUGAUGUUGUAAAAGGUCAUUGUGAACAAUCUGACUUUUUAGCUCUGCUGCAACUUUUUGCUUCUAGGCUUCUUAGUUUUUUAACCAAGCAUCCUCAGAAGGCUUGUGAUGUUCCAGAGGCCUUGUUGCCAGAACCGUUUAGCCAACGAAGUCAGAUCCUUGGUCCAGAGCAAUUGAAUGCAGAUUCUUUAAUAGAAUCUCAAUCAACUUCCAGUGAAUGUGAUGCCUUGUCAGAAAAAUUCCAUCUAUAUCCAUCUUUAACUAGACACUUCUCUCAGAAGGCUGUUGGUGCUGAACCAGAAAAAACCCAGCCCUUGGCAUCUCCAGUACCUCUGUUGUCUGUCAGCUCUAAUAGUUUGACUAACCAAGAGAGUAUAAUUGGGCAGCAGAUGGGAAUUACUGGUGUAUGUUCCAAAUUUGAUGGUGUAACUAACCAAAAUAUCGGGAGUGGGCAACACAAAGAAUCUCCUGCUUCAUGUUCAGUAUCCACCAUUGUUAACUCCCCUAUACAACAGAUCAAGUCUUCAAGUACUCCUCUUGUCAAGAUUGGCUCAUCUGUUGAUUGUUUAAUGCUGAAAACGCCUGCACAGUUGACACCAAGGAGAUCAAUGCCUAGUUGUGAGGACAAGCUUAAGACCCUGACCAGCCAAAAGUUGACGUCAUGUGAUAAGCCUGCAAAAAGGACUCUAGACUUUUCAGACUUGGAACAUGAUACGAGUGCAUUUGAUUCCACUGUGAAUGAGUCAGGGUGCAAGAAUGUUGUACAUGAUGACAUUCUUCAUACUACAGAAGGAAUUUUCAAGGAUGGGAAUGUCACUGGUUCUCUGCCACUACUCCAAGAGGUAAAAGAGGGACUUUGUUGUUUUGAUGAUGUUUGCCAGAAGAGUCAAACAGAUGUAACAAUGAGCCAGCCGAUGUCUUCUUGCUUGCCUCACCUAGUUGCUCUGAUCCACCAUAUAUUCAAGUCUGUCAACUGCUCGUCAGUAACAAAAGAGGAGCUUGUGCACAAGAUAAUUAUCAACAGUUUCGAUAUCGUUGAGAGGAGAGAAGUUGAAGAACAGAUUGAGCUUCUUGAAAAGCUGGUUCCAGAUUGGAUCUACAGGAAGUUAACAAGUGGUGGAGACAUUAUGUACAGCAUCAAGAAAGUGCCAGAUCUGGAUUCAGUUCGGGCAAGGCUUAUUAUUAGCACAUGAAGAGUGUCAAGAGGUACACAUCAAAUACAAUUUUCUUGUGGCAUUUAUGCAACAUCAUGCAAUGUCGAUGCAAGCUGCUAGACUUUCAAACUGUUUGCCUUUAUUGAAGUUGUGGAUGGUGAGAAGAGCAGGGCAUAUAUGGGGCCAUUUACUACUGGAUGAUUCUAAUGUCAAGAAGAUUUUUGCUCCAGUUCUUCUUAUUUAUAUUCUCUGGUGCAAUUAAUGAUUUACAGAGUUACACUGGUUUUUGGCUGUUGCCCAGAAGGCUUGAAUCUCCUUGAAAAAAACCAGAUGUAUAUGCGUUAGUCUGCCCUAGCUCUAUUCCAUUUCUUUUUUUCUUUUU